CGUAUAUGUCACGUGGCAUGGCAAUGCACGGGCUUCUAACUAAUACUAACGGUUAAGCUUGGGAAUGGUUGCAGAAAUGGUGGUCGAGCCGUUGAACUCGCCCGUGCUCACCACCGUCCUCGCCUUCCUUCUCGUGGUGAUCACCCUCCUCGUCUCCACCAGGCGCAGCAGCAGUGCGCUGCGGCUGCCCCCGUCGCCGCGGGGCCUGCCGGUCGUCGGCCACCUCCACCUGCUCGGGAGCCUGCCGCACCGGAGCCUCCGGUCGCUGGCCGCGUCCCACGGCCCGGUCAUGCACCUGCGGCUCGGCCGCGUGCCCGCCGUCGUGGCCUCCUCCGCGGCCGCGGCGGAGGAGGCCAUGAAGACCCGCGACCUGGACUUCGCCGGCCGCCCCAGGCUCCUCAUGGUCGACCGCUUCUACUACGGCACCGGCGGCAUCGGCUUCGCGCCCUACGGCGACCACUGGCGCCAGGCGCGCCGCGUCUGCGCCGCCCACAUGCUCAGCGCGCGCCGCGUCGCGUCCCUGGGCCGCGUCCGGGCGCAGGAGGCCGCCGCGCUCGUCGGCCGGGUCCGCCGGGUUGGUUCCGGCGUCGUGAACCUGAGCGACAACCUCGUCGUCUACUCCAACGCGGUCAUCUCCCGCUGCACGCUCGGCGACGCGGACUGCGGGGUGGAAGGCGGCGGCGCGAGGCUGAGGAAGGCGUUCGGCGAGAUGGAGGAGCUCCUCGGAACGGUGCCCAUGGGGGAGACGGUGCCUCAAGGCGUUCGGCGAGAUGGAGGAGCUCCUCGGAACGGUGCCCAUGGGCGCCGCCGGUGGACAUGAGCGAGCUGUACGGCCUCUCCGUGUGCCUCAAGGCGCCGCUGCUUCUGGCCGCCAAGCCGUGGUCGUCCAUGGAUAUGGAUGGCGUUGAGUGAGCUAGGAUCGACGGUGCUUCUUUUCUCUACAUAUAUGUCCAUGAGAAGUGUUAAAGUGGGAAUGUUUUUUUCUUGAUUUUUUUUAAAUGGAGGCAAAAUAUUUUCUUCAACUAUUUUAAUUAAGAUUUAAAAGAGUGUACAAAUAA